AACACAGGACCUCACGCACAUCACCUAUAGUUAAUCUUUACUGAUACAAUUGGGAUAGACUUAUUUUGUUUAAAUAAGUUAUAAUUAUUACUAUAUUGUCAUUUGUGGAUGUAUGCUCCUUGACGACUAUACAUUUGCCUGUACAAUUGUGUUAGUACAACCAUAGUAGACACUAGACACUUUCAACUUGUAUCUGCUAACAUGUUUUCCCUCGCCAACCUGGUGGUGCUGAUCCCUAUUGUUUCACUGUGUGGUUUGUUAUUUUCCGCUGCGGUGGAUGAUAACUUCCCCCAGGGCUGUACUAGCAGCAGCAGCCUGUGCUUCUAUAGCCUGCUGCUGCCAGUCACCAUUCCCGUCUUCGUCUUCUUCCACCUCUGGAGCUGGAUGGGAAUUAAGCUCUUCAGACACAACUAGUGUCUUUGUUUGUUAUCAAAUUAAUGUGUUGUAAAGAGGAUAUGGUGGAAACUUGUUUAUGGUAACUAAAUCUGGUGUAAAUAAAAACACACACAAAUGUAUACUAAUGUUGUAUAUUAGUGUGACAGUUGAUUCACUAUGUGAUGGCAGUUCAAAUAAAUUGAAAACCUGUUCA